AAAAGUAAGGGUUGAAUAUGUCACUAUCCGAAUAUAUAGGGAUCUCUAUGUCAUAACCCAAACCUGUUUAUAACCUAUCUCGCCGGAAAACCCAUUCCUCCGUCGUCGGCAUAACCACCAAUGGCGGAAACGGAGCAUCCACGUCACAUCCUCCACGGUUUUCUCUCUCCUAAUAUCUGGUUUUAUAUACGAUUUUUCAACCCACAGGAGCUUGAAUUCAUACACAAGAGCUGCAGCACGAUUGGAUACAGACAAAGUGUGUUCUCCACCACACUUCCUCAUCUCAUUGCCACUAACUCUCCUCAUUUGAUCAUGCCGUUCAUUCCUCUACGCGAGAAGCUCAAAGAGAAAGUAGAAGAGUUCUUCGGUUGUGAAUACGAGCUUUUUAUCGAAUUCACUGGUUUGAUCAGCUGGACCAAAGGUGCAAGUAUCGGCUGGCACAGUGAUGAUAACAGGCCAUAUCUGAAGCAACGUGACUAUGCGGCAGUAUGCUAUUUGAAUAGUUACGGUGUGGAUUUCGGUGGUGGUCUCUUUCACUUCCAGGAUGGUGAACCGGCAACUUUUGUCCCCAUGGCUGGUGAUGCUCUGAUUUACACUGCAGAUAGCCGUAACGUUCAUUCCGUUGAUGAGAUUACACAUGGAGAAAGACUCACUCUUACAUUAUGGUUUAGUCGGGAUAAAUCUCAUGAUGAAGAUUAUAAACUCGUUUCAUUUCUAACAAAACUCCCGUUAAACUAUCCUAACACCGGUUCAAACGCGUACCUACCAUUGCCAGCCUCACAGAACAUGUACUGGUUUCCUCCUGAACAAUCGGAAACUUACGAAUCAGGAUUUGAUAUACGAUGUGCAAGAUUACAUGUUCUUGGAUACCAACUUUAUUCGAAAAAUGCAAGUUUUGUUGCGGAUGCACAAUCAUCUCGAGAUUUCUCUGACAUUAUACUUGAACCGUUACGCGUGGUUCGAGGUAGUGAUUUGUUUGACUAUGAAUUCGCCAACAUACUACAUCUCCUUCAGGUGGUUCAGUUCUACCAUUGGAAGGCACCCGAGUUAAAGCUGUCAGAAGUAAAAACAGAGCCUGCUAAAAUUGUGUCGGUUUCUGCGUCACAACAGGAGAACAUUCGGCUUUUGAAGCUAGAACUUCUAAAGGAUCAACAUCUAGUGGAAACAAUCUUUCAGAGUGGCAUGUAUGGUGAGCACGUGGAGCAUGAUUUGGUGAAGUUUUCUGGCAUGGUUGGUUUAUGGGAAUCGUAUACGAGUAACUUAUGGCAUGAUCUGGUAUUGAGAUUACCGAAAUGGAUAGAAAACCAAUCGAUUUUUGUUGACACGAGUGUAGAGUGACUGUUUGACAUCAUCUUGUUAGUGGUAUAGCUCUGUAGUCAUGAAAGAUUGUGGUAUAGCUCUGUAGUCAUGAAAGAUUGUGGUAGAUUGGUCUUUGAAGGUUAGUAAUGGUCAAAUAGCUAGAAAAACCUUAUUUGAUUGUAAGUUGUUUAGAUUAUAAUGUUUGUAGUAAACGAUGGGAGUAGAUUGGUCAAA